AUGGUGGGUGAUCGACCGCGACACCCCAGAGAGAGCAAGCUAGUCCCUGCCCUUUGGCUGGAUGGGAGCUCUUUGAGUGACUAUUUCCCUAUCAAGUUGGUGAGGACGGCCGCGCUGCCCCCCGAUCGGAGCUAUGUGCUGGGCUCCCACCCCCAUGGCAUCAUGUGUGCUGGGGCCUUCAAAGCCUUCUGUACUGAGGGCUCUGGCUUCUCCCGGCUCUUCCCUGGCCUGCGGCCCAGCCUGGCCCUGCUGGCAGGGCUCUUCCCCCUGCCUGUCUACCGCGAGUACAUGAUGAGUGCUGGGAUGUGCCCAGUGAGCCGCCGCAGCCUGGAUUUCCUGCUCUCCCGGCCUGGCAAUGCAGUGGUGAUUGUGGUGGGGGGUGCAUCUGAGUCGCUGGACUGCGCCCCUGGGCAGCACCGUGUCACACUGCAGCACCGCACCGGCUUUGUGCGCCUGGCGCUGCAGCACGGGGCUGCCCUGGUUCCUGUCUAUUCCUUCGGGGAGAACGAUAUCUUCCAGCAGCUCAUCUUCCCGCCAGACAGCUGGCUCCGGCGCCUGCAGCUUCGCUUCAAGGACCUGAUGGGCUUUGCGCCCUGCCUGUACUGGGGGCGCGGACUGCUGCCCUUCCCCUCGCCCAUCACUGUUGUGGUGGGGAGCCCCAUCCUGGUGCCGCGUCGCCCCUUCCCCACCCCACAGGAGGUGGCUCACUACCACCAGCUCUACCUGGAGCAGCUGCACCAGCUCUUUGACCAUCACAAAGCCAGUUGCGGGGUGCCGGCUGGCUGCCAGCUCAGUGUGGUCUAGGACCCUGGCUGAGGGCCUGCGCCCACACCAGCUGGGACCUGCCACCUGCUGCCUCAGUGUGAUCUCGGGACCUGGGCCAGGCCAUGUACACAUUCUCCAGCAUCCUCUGAGCCCUGGGGGGGGAGGGGUUUUCUCCUUCCUGUCUGCUCAGUGUCAUCUGAGCCCCCUCCUCCAUCCUGCAAGAUUGGUUCCUCUCGGGGUUCUGACCCACCCCCACUGUGCUGCGGGUGCACGGUUAUCUAGGGCAGUGUUUCCCAACCUUUUUUUUUUAUAAAGUAUCCCCUUUAAAAAAAAUCAUAAGUACCCCCAGUACCUACAGUUUUUAGAGACACAUUUUUUUUCUACCAUUGCAACACAUUUGAUAAAACAACUUAAUCAUAGCUGAUGAACUUUUUGGGUGUAAACAGUACAAAAA